UUCCCUUUAUACCCUUUUCAAUGAUGCCCGUUUUCUUUGAUUUCUUUUUAUUGGUGGGUUUGCUAGUACUUGUCUUAGCCUAGCAAACCCUCUGUUAAAUCUUUGAAUUUUGUGCAACCAUGACACCUACCAUUUCCAAACUCACUCUAUAAAAGGCCAACCCUUUGCUUCUCUUUGCACAUCCAUCACUCGCAAAGAGAACAAACAUUCAUCGGUAAUUCAUAACAACAUAGAGGAAACAUGAGUUCAGGGAGCUGGAGCCACGAAGUUGCUGUCAAUGUCGCCGCAGGACGGCUGUUCAAGGCGGCAAUGCUCGACUGGCACAACCUCGGCCCUAAGAUUGUGCCGGAUUUCAUUUCCAGUGGUUCUGUAGUGUCUGGAGAUGGAGCUGUAGGAGCCAUCCGAGAGAUCAAGAUCAACAAUCCUGCAAUACCUUUCAGCUAUGUGAAGGAACGCCUAGAUUUCGUAGACCAUGACAAGUUCGAGGCUAAGCAGACCCUUGUGGAAGGCGGAGGUUUAGGUAAGAUGUUCGAAUCUGCCACUACUCACUUCAAGUUCGAGCCCUCGAGCAACGGUGGAUGCAUUGUUAAGGUGACUGCAACCUACAAGAUUCUCCCUGGCGUCCCCGAUGAGAGUGCAAAGGCGAAGGAGGGGAUAACCAACCACAUGAAGGCAGCUGAAGCUUACCUCCUGGCCAACCCAACUGCCUACGCUUAAAUAUAGAGCUUAUGUUUAAUGUUUGAGGUAACUGUGAGUUUGAAUAAGGAGAACGGAUUUGAGAAGGAUUGAUGGGGUUGUAGUUUAUGUUGAACGAUCAGCCUUAUCAAUUUGUAAUAGUGUCUUGAAGCCAUGCUUAUUUGCUUCAGAAAAAUUAAUAAAGUUAGUGUCAUAUUGUUAUGACAAAUC